AACAAAAACAACAAUCCCCUUUCUCUCUCUCUCAUUCUCUGCCAAGUUGCCGACUCGGAGAGGCAAAGAGUGCAAUACAAAGAGCUCCGACCCUGAGUCUAUACAAACUCUCUCUCUCUCUCUCACUGUCUGGAUUUUCCUUGUAUGACAUCAUUCUUUACAAGUAAAUAAUAAAUACUUACCGUAAUCAACCCGAUACCAAUUUCCUUAUAUAUAAAUAUAUAUAUUCAUAUACACAAAUCAGUUUCCUCUCUCCUUCUUUUCUUUGUGUUGGGAUAAUCAACAUGCAAGUGCAUCACCAACUGUAAUGAAUUCCAUAUAUUCCCGCAUUGGGUUUUGGUAAAAAUACACCAUUUUUGUCUCCCCAAUUUCUCCUAUAUUUUGAAAUUUCUGGGCGUUUUAUUGGGUACCCAAUACCCGAUACAGCCAGUACGCAGCUGGGUCGGUGAGAAAACCGAUUGAAAUCGAUGAAGAACGAAGAGCAAGCUCGGUUCCUUUUUGGGAUUUCGCUCUCUGACAGACCCAAAUGGCAACAAUUCCUCCUUUGCUCUUCUGGGUUCUUCUUUGGCUACCUUGUUAAUGGUAUUUGCGAGGAAUAUGUGUAUAACAGGCUACAAUUCAGCUAUGGUUGGUACUUCACAUUUGUGCAAGGAUUUGUGUAUCUAUUUCUGAUUUACUUGCAAGGCUUCACCACCAAGCAAAUGGUGAAUCCGUGGAAGACUUAUGUGAAGCUUUCUGCUGUUCUUAUGGGGUCCCAUGGACUUACAAAAGGCUCCUUGGCUUUUCUCAACUAUCCGGCGCAGCUCAUGUUCAAAUCGACAAAGGUUCUGCCUGUGAUGGUAAUGGGAGCCUUCAUACCAGGUUUGAGACGAAAAUACCCACCUCACGAAUACGUUUCUGCACUCCUUUUGGUGGUUGGCUUGAUCCUAUUCACCUUAGCGGAUGCGCAAACAUCUCCAAACUUCAGCGUGAUUGGUGUUGUGAUGGUAUCGGGUGCUCUAAUCAUGGAUUCCUUUUUGGGUAACUUGCAAGAAGCUAUCUUUACCAUGAAUCCCGAAACCACACAGAUGGAGAUGCUGUUUUGCUCUACAGUGGUCGGUCUGCCAUUGUUGAUUCCACCAAUGCUUUUGACAGGGGAAUUAUUCAGAGCAUGGAGCUCAUGUUGGCAGCAUCCAUACGUGUAUGGCGUGUUAGUCUUCGAAGCCAUGGCCACAUUUAUCGGCCAAGUCUCCGUCCUUUCCCUCAUUGCUCUUUUUGGUGCCGCCACCACAGCCAUGAUCACAACGGCUAGAAAGGCCGUCACGUUACUGCUGUCAUAUUUGAUAUUCACGAAGCCAUUAACGGAAGAACACGGGACCGGACUUCUGCUCAUAGGUAUGGGGAUCACCCUGAAACUCUUGCCUGAAAAUCAACCAUGCCAGAGAGUUUCAACCUCAUCUUCCAAGACCAAGACUUCAAAGCCUGCUCCGACCGAAAACGAAAGAAUCCGACUAGAAAAUGCCGGAGAAAUUGAAGAAAAGAGUCAAUUGGUCUGAAAUAACAACCUGCUUCAUUUGGCUCCUCAUUUAUCAGCAGCUAUUUAGCAAAUGUUAAUUAUGCCAAAUAAGAACACUAACUAUGGAUUUUUAUUUUUUAUCUUCAUUUUACUUCUUUA